AUGUGUGUGGGAACCAAUGAAAGAGAGACAGAUUAAAAAAAAUUAUUAUGGCAGAACUGCAAGACGACUUUCUGACAUGCUACGACGUGUUAGAAAGCGUUGGGAACUUCAUGGCAUCCGUCCUAGUUGGAUAGGAGAAGAAAUCUUUCGGGAACUUCUUAAAUAUUGGGAGAGUGAUGAGUUUGCGGCCAAAUCUGAAAAUGCAAAGAAGAUGAGAGCAUCUGAAAAGGGUGGUUGCCUUAAUGCUGUUGGAAGUAUAAGCACUGCUGAGCAUGUUCGUCGCAUGACUAAGGAAUUAAAUAGACCUCCACUUAUGACCGAGCUGGUUGCGAGGACUCGGAAAAAGAAAACAGGAGCUUUUGUUGACAGUCGUACACAAAAAGCUAUGGAUGAUUAUCAGACAUUGCUUGUACAAUUUCUGACUGCUAAUCCUAAGUAUACUCCAAGACCGGGAGAGCCGCUUCAUCCAGAUAGAGACACUGUAAGACAAUUGGCGAUAAAUGAGGUGAGGCGUGAGGCGGCGGAACGUGAAGCGGCACUGAAAGCCCAAAUGGAGGCCCAAAUGAGGGCAAUGCGGAGUGAGCAUCAGCGGGAAAUGGAGGUCAUGGCGAAAAGACAAUCGGAUAUGGAGGCACAAAUGCGACAAUUUAUGCAAUCCUUUGGUGGAAACCAAAAUAUGGGGAAUUAUGCGCCGACUGAUCAGGAAAAUCUAAAUGAGGAUGAGUUUCCCGACCCGGAUUGA